CUCACAUCGUUGUAGAAUGCGGAUUUCUAUGCUAACUUGACGAGCUAGCUUCUUUUGCUAAAAACAAGCUUGUUGUUGGGACUUCAGCGAGGGCUAAAAUGUCGAGAACGCACCAGGUGCCCCCGUUGUCUUCAGCGGGGACGACAACCGGGGGUCAUUCGUCGUCCUCGUCGACUUCUUCCGCGGGAGGUUCGACAUCUCCCGCAACCGUGUUGAACGUGCAGCCCGAAAAACCUCAGCACUACACAUAUCUGAAGGAGUUCAGAACGGAGCAGUGUCCCCUCUUUGUACAGCAUAAAUGCACACAACACCGGCCUUUUUCCUGUUUCCACUGGCACUUCUUGAACCAGCGGCGCCGCAGGCCUGUGCGCAAACGUGACGGGACAUUCAACUACAGUCCAGAUGUUUACUGUACCAAAUACGACGAGGGAACGGGAACCUGUGCUGAUGGAGAUGAGUGUGCAUUUCUACAUCGGACAGCUGGAGACACGGAACGACGAUAUCACCUCCGCUACUAUAAGACGGGCUCGUGCAUUCAUGAAACGGAUACAAAAGGCCACUGCAGCAAGAACGGCUGCCAUUGUGCUUUUGCGCAUGGGUCACAUGACUUGCGCAGCCCUGUGUAUGAUGUGAGGGAAAUGCAGGUCAUUGAGUGUCAAGGUGGCUCUGGACCCUUAGAAGGAGCUGGAGGAGACGGACAGUCGGGCCAGGCAGCGAGUACAGCCCUCAUUGAGAAGAUUCUGAGUGAGGAACCACGUUGGCAAGAUAACAACUAUGUGUUAUCUCACUACAAGACAGAGCUCUGCAAGAAACCGCCUCGCUUGUGUCGUCAAGGUUACGCCUGUCCAUAUUAUCAUAACAGCAAAGAUAGGCGGCGCAGCCCACAUAAGCACAAAUACAGAGCUUUGCCUUGUCCAGCUGUGAAACUGAGCGAGGAGUGGGGUGAUCCGAGCAAAUGUGAGUGUGCAGAGGGAUGUCAGUAUUGUCACACGAGAACAGAGCAACAGUUCCACCCAGAGAUUUACAAGUCCACCAAGUGUAAUGACAUGCAGCAGUGUGGCAGCUGUCCUAGAGGACCUUUUUGUGCUUUUGCUCAUGUUGAAAAAGCAUUUGUCUUCGAGGAGACAUUCUCUUCGCCCAGAUCCCCCCCACUUCUCCGUCCCCCAGAUCCAGGCUCUGCAGAGGAUGCUGCAGACACAAGUGGCCACAAUAAGGGGCUCGGUCAUGUCGCUGACCCCUUCUCGCCUCCUGUCGGGUCACGUGUUCCUGAGCAAGGCCUGCUGGGUAGUGUGCUAACUCUGUGUGAGGACAUGAGGGGAGCAGCUGAGCCUUUAUCUCCUUGGGUGGGGGAGGGAGGGUACGGCAGGGCGCCUGGAUUUGAGAGGGAGGAUCAGGCUAAACACAGGAGUUUUUCCUUAGAACAGCGCAGCAGAGAAGUGGCAUCAGCACAGAGCAGUAAACAGGAUCUGCUGGUGUUUCUGCCAGUGGGCAGCCCUUUAAGUCUGUCCUCCAGCAUCCCCUCCAGUCUGGCCGCAACCCCACCCAGCCCUGCGCCAGUAGGACUCCCGGGGACCAGCAUCGCAUCAGGCAUGAAUGCCAACGCCUUGCCCUUCUACCCUACCAGUGAGACAGUGGAGUCUGUUGUAGAGUCGGCGCUGGAUGAUCUUGACCUGAAUGAUUUGGGUGUGUCAGCAUUGGAAAGAGGCUUGGAGAGUAAUUCAAGUCUGCCUCGGGUGGGAGUUAGGCUCGGAGGUAGCCGGCUUCAGAGCUCUGCCCCAGUCAACAUCCCAGGAUCCUUUAGCUCAUCUGCUCCUUUUAGCUCUCCUUCGCCAUCCCCCCCAAUCAGACCACGCGCCUCCCCAUUCUUCUCCACUCAGCUGUCCCAGCCUGGCCAACACGAGAGCCCCUUCCUGGGACCAUCCCAUAGUUCCUUAGGUCUUAAUGGUAUGAGCAAUAACAUCUGGGAGCACUUCCCCACAGGCCAGGGCUCCCCCGGCACACCCCCAGCCCUGAUGCCCUCAGGCCACUGUGCGGAGACGUCCAGGCUCAAACAGGAGCUUGAGGAGGCUCACAGGGUCCUGAAGCAGUGGGGACACAGCUGGAGACACACAGCUCAGUCGUGGGCCACAGUGAAAGCAGAUGCGGAGGAGUCACGUGCCCACGCGGGGCGGUUGGCAGUGGAGGCUGAGAGAACCAGGCAGGCUGAGGAGAAGGCGCGGAGACAAUCCAGUUUCUUGGAGGAGGCGCUGGAGACCCUGAGGAGCGGAGAGAACCCCCAUUUAGCAUUACACCAGCUCCAGAUGUUACACAGACUUCCCUUAGAAUCCGUCCUCAGUCUGCAGGCACAACUCUGCAGCUGCUUGCACACUGUGGAACAGGUGGUGUACAAGAAGCAGAGGCAUUGUUGUGUGUCAUGUGGAGAGCAGGGCUGCGUCUCCCUGCCCUGUGGCCAUGGACUACAUUGUGAGAGCUGCUCCACCUCCGCAGAGUGCCCUCUCUGUCCUGAACAAACACUGGAGCAGCAGCAGCUCUCCUAACCCUGGGCCCACCCCAGCUGACCCACCAUACACACCACAUCAUUCAGUCCUGAUUCCACUACCACCAGCGAUGGAUCUUUGACACCAUUCCAGACUUUGUCCAGGUUCUUUUUUUUGUUUUGUUUUUUUCCACUUUUUUUAUCUCAACGCAAGCACAGAUGAUUCCUGACAGACAACCAAUUCAUGGGGUACAGUGAACCCUUGCGAUAGUUAAAAGAGCCCAGCAAUGAAUACCAAAAAUCGGUGAGUUAUUGACGUCUACCUAAAAAGGUUUGCAAUUGCCUAUAGAUGCCACCAGAUAGAAGCAAGACUUUUUUCCCCCCUAUUAGACAAGGCUAUGAAAUGACUAAAUGAUGCUUCUCCCCUCACAGUUCCUUGGCACUAAGAUGGCGCCAAAGCAAUUAUUCUAUAUUAGACAUGGCUCUGUCCUCAGAAUCAGAAUCAUCUUUAUUUGCCAAGUAUGUCCAAAACACACAAGGAAUUUGUCUCCGGUAGUUGGAGCCGCUCUAGUACAACAAACAGUCAAUUUACAGAACACUUUGGGGACAUAAAGACAUUGACAAAAAACAAUUGUGCAAAAAGAUGCAGAGUCCUCUAGCACUUCGAGCAGUUCGAACGACUAAUAUUGCAAUCGUCCGGUGCAAUGACCAUUGUGCAUUGUGCCUGAGCAUAAAAACAGCAAACAGGUGAGUUUUUCAGUGAAUAAUAUAGAACCGGUUCCCCAAAAAUCUGAAACUAGGCAAAUUUGCAAAUGUUGAACUCUGAAUAUGGGGGGUUACUGUACUCAUAGUUAAUUAGCCAUUAGUGUGGGGAAUUACAAAGAAUCAUAUUCCCAGUAUUACCAAUGGGAAAACCAGUAAAUUUUAAUAGCGAUCCUUCUUGACCACCAACACUGUUCUUUACACAUAACUGUAGUCUUGAUGUAUGAUGAUUAUCAUCAAUAAGCAUAUUUUAAUCAGGUUUAAAGUCUUGGCUUCAAACGUAUAUGUGGCCACUUUAAGUACAUGGGCUUAUAUCAACAAUCCUACACAAAUAGAAAACAAUGUUCACUUGACUGGCAUUGGCAAAUGGGGUAAUAUAUUGUAAAGGUUGAAGUUGGCAGAAUUGCUCAGAAUCGUGCAAGCAACGUAAUACCUAAAAUAACAGUUCACAAUACAGCCGGAUUGCACUGUAUUGUACAGGUGUACCUAAUCAAGUGACUGUAUCUGCGGUGCUGUCAAUCCAUCAGUUGUCUGUAGAGAUUUAAAAAUAUACUAUUGUAUUUCAGCCCCCCAAAAAAGUAAUUUGCAUUUAUUUUUUGGGAAUUGCUAGCAAAUUUCAUAAAUGCUAACUCAUGGAUGGCAUAGACCUUUAUACAUUUUAGACAUAAUUUCUGUACAAAUCAUGUCAUUUUAGAAUGAUUACCCAACUGUGUGAAUGGAUGGAUGGAUGGAUGACUAAGCCAACUAGUACAUUUUUAGAUGUUAACCAAAUCGGUCUAAGUGUGAGAUAAACUCUUAAGGGCAAAUUUCAUCUCAUCCUUACAAAUUGUACAGUAUAUAGCUACCGCCAAAGGGUAUCAACGAAUAUAUGAGUUAGCACUUAUCUGUUAUAUUGAAUUUGUUUUCAUACUUUUUUUUUUAAAAAGCAAAAAUAAUGAAACAUGAAACUUUUUAAAUAGAAACAAAAUAUUUAAUAGAAGAAAAAUUAGAAUGACCUCUACAACAGGCAGCCUCUGAUAAAGCACUCAGGUUUCUCUAAGAGGAAUGCAUAUGAACACAAUCAAGCUAAAUAUACUCAGUUAACUUGUGUAGUCUUUUAAAUUACAUUUUUAUCCACUUUAUCUCUGUUAUACAUGUUUGUUCAUACCUGACAUUUUUUUUUUUCCUGUGAGAGCUUGUCAUUGUUGACAUUUCAUUGUAGUAUAAUAUGUUCUGUACAUUGACAUCCAACUUUAUAGCACUGAUUAGACAAAGCAUCAGGAGGUGGACUGUCAUUCUAUACCAGUGUUUCAUUAUGAAUGGAUUUAGUUCAUUAAAGCAAAUUCUAUAUUUUUGGAUGAAAAAAAAAGUGUGCGCGUUGUGCUUGACUUUGCUCCUUGGACUGUUUCUCUCUUUGUCUUCUUUUCUUCACAAAGGCUUGUAUUUCCCGCUCGCCUUUCCUGGACUCCAGCAACUUAAGGAUCUUGUUUUCUGCGAAACCACACACACAUGCAUGUAAAGAGGUUGCAACCAAGUCAGUUGCAUACUGUUAAUUGUCAUAAA